UUAUGUUAGUCUCGACGAUUUCCCCUCACACCUCAGUGAGGUUGUGGAAGGCAAGAUGACGAUUUUCGCAGUCUCGAAAACUUUACGAGCUCUCAUGGAUUCAUUGCCUGAAAACCAGGUGCGUCUAAUGGAGGAGUGUCCUUACACCAACAGCGUUGGGGCGCUUCUAAAACUCAACUCGCCUCUCAAGGACAACAUAGAUCGCGCAAUUUUACGAAUGCAAUCAAGCGGUAUUCUCGACCGUUUUCUAGUGGACACUCAAAGGUAUUUGCGCCGACGUGAUGCGCCUCAACGAUCUGCUAAAAUUUCUGAGGAUACUUCCAAUCAAGUUACUCUCAAUCUCGGGCACUUGCAGGGCGCUUUCAUUGUGCUUCUGGGCGGUUGCUUGGUGUCGACGCUGUUUUUCCUGUGCGAGCUGGCAAUUCAUCACUGCAAGAUGGACAUUCAAGAACAUACCGGCGCCCAGGAGUAAAACACGUAUCUUCAGUAAAGGGUUCACAGAACUAACUGAACUCGAACACACUCUUAAUCCAAUAGCGGCUUCAAAAUUUCGAGUUAGCGCACAGACAGAAAAACUCCGCUCUAGCUGUGAAGCAGUUUGACAAGUUGAUGAUCAUGGAAUUAAAUUGAGGUCCUAUAUACUGUAUAUCACAUCUAUAAUACUUAUUUGUCAAGCAAUUGUUAAACGAUCGGCCAGUGGCGGCGAAGCCAGUGCUCUGGAUGCAUCAAAUCGAAAAAUGAACGUAUGUUUUUUAUACGGGCCGAGUAGCAGCAUAUAGAACGCGUUUUCCAGAGUCCCGUUGCUCAUUUUGAAAAUCACAUUAUAAGAGAAUCACUCGUCGUUCAAACUCAACUUGAGACACAUUACCAUGGAAGAAGGAUGCUAAAAUUUUAAAUUUGAACUAAUAUUGAAUAUUUCUUAGAAAAAGAAUAGGAAUCGAAUUUACGUUCCAGCCCCACUUUCCCUACUUUGCAAUGCUUCGUGAUUCCACAUCAAGAAAUUUUACAUCCUGGGAAAGUAUCCUAAAGCAAUUAGACUGUGCGACAUUAAAUGUGCAUGGUCUCAUUUGAUCAAUUUAGCGAUCGAUUUUAUGCGAGCGGGCGUCAUCGCGUAUAACAAUUGAAUCAACUCAGACCACACACAACAACAUGUUAUUGUAAAUGAAACAUCAAAAUUUUAAUGUAUAUCGAAUUAAUAUGCGAUUGGGCGUCCCGAAUGAAUAUUGACCUAGAUUUCUCGUGGUCUAAAAUACUUAUUCAAGUCAAAACAGACACUGCAUGCAAUGACCGUUUUAAUCUCCUUUUAUUCCUUUUUAGAAAGGUUAUGUGUGUUAUAAAAUAAUUAAUUACACUGUAAAUAAGAUCAAAAACAAUGUUAAAUGUUUUGCUAGGUUUGCGUAUUUUUCAGCACUUCAAACUCUAUCACAGAGAAAUUGCAACAGCAUAUUAACCUUAAUUUAACUUCAACGUUAAAUAUU